AUGGCUACUAAGAAGUGCGAUGCCGCGGGCCGUGGCUCCAGCAGUCCCAGCCCUGCCACUCGGCCACUCGGCGACCCCGGCCGCUCUCCUGCCGCGGCUGCCCGCCACACUCCGCCGCCUCCAGAUGACGCGGCCGUCUCUCGCCUGCGGAGCCUCUCUCAACAGGAGAAAGGGAGGAGGCUGAUAGAGGCGGCCGAGCAGGGCGCGGCGGUGCAGCCGCACGAGUUGCUGGCGGCGACGAGGGAUGAGUGGACCAGCUGGACCGCCCUGCAUGUGGCAGCAGGCGGGGGUGACGUGGCGGCAGCCAGCUGUCUCGUUGGCGCCGGCGCGGAGGUCGACGCCAGGACCAGCCUGUAUCAGAGCACGCCCCUGCACUGGGCUGCACAGAGGGGCCACGCUGGUGUGGUGCGGCUGCUGCUCGGCGCCUCUGCUGACCCCAACGCCAGGGAUUUGCUGGGGCGGACGCCGCUGCACAGGGCGGCAGUGGAGGGCGACGCAGAGGCGGCGGCUGAGCUCCUGCUGGCGGGGGCUGACAGGGGGGCCCGGGAUGAGGAUGGCAGGACCCCCCUGGACGUCGCCAGGCGGAACAGAAACCAGCAGCUGGUGGAUAUGCUGAGACAACGCUGA